AUGACACAAGACGAUCUAGGAGAUCUCACUUUCGGUAAUAGAUCUUCAUUUAAUUUCUCUCAACUAUCUAUUUUUACACGUGUCUUUCAAGUGAAACGAACAAGUUCUUAUACUGAAGAGCGCUGCUCAACUACCAAUUUAACCAGUGACGUAGCUUACAGUGUACACCGAUGGAAAAUUAUUCCCAAUUUGAUCCGUAUUCCUACUCAACUCGCACAUAGUAAUCGAGUUACUUAUCAAGCAAUUCUAGGCUGGUGGAGCGAUUGCUUCGCUGGUGCACGAUUUCUCGGCUAUUGCAGUCAUAUAGCUUCAGUUAUUUUGUUUCUUUCUCAUCAACGAUGGCAAACACAACAGCGUCAUAUGCCAUCGGCCGAACACAAGAACUUAGCUACAGAUUCGAAACAAAUCUAA